CUCUCUCUCUCUCUCCAACGGCUCUCGGCGAGCCGACCCAACGCGGCGCAUUCGUACGAGCUUUGUCACGCUCGCUCUCUCUCACAGCCCUCUAUAGAGUAUCUCUCUCUCUCUCUCUCUCUCGCACUCCGCUAUAGAAGCUCUCUCGGCUCACUCGCUCGGCGCGCGCUCCCACGGACAGACUACGCGGCGAAUAGAUUCGACCGACGACGACGAGGACAAGUUCGCUCGAAUAGCAGCAGCAGCAGUGUUUGAGCAGUUCCCGAGGUCGUGCAGCUCCGGAGAGUGCGAGUCCAGUGGUGUGGGCCUAGGUCAGUGCGCCGACGACGAGCUGCCACGCUCCCGAAGCAGUAACAGCCGAGAAUGCAGGCGAUCAAGUGCGUCGUCGUGGGCGACGGAGCUGUGGGUAAAACUUGUUUGCUGAUCAGUUAUACCACCAAUGCAUUUCCUGGAGAGUACAUACCAACAGUUUUUGACAACUAUUCUGCAAAUGUCAUGGUUGAUGGAAAGCCCAUCAACCUGGGCCUUUGGGAUACAGCAGGACAAGAAGAUUACGAUAGGCUGAGACCAUUGUCAUACCCACAAACUGAUGUAUUCCUCAUCUGUUUCUCAUUGGUAAAUCCUGCAAGUUUUGAAAAUGUAAGGGCCAAGUGGUAUCCUGAAGUGCGCCAUCAUUGUCCUACAACUCCAAUAAUUUUGGUUGGAACCAAGCUUGAUUUGCGUGAGGACAAGGAAACUAUUGAGCGACUAAAGGACAAAAAGCUUGCCCCUAUUACUUAUCCUCAGGGUCUCACAAUGGCAAAAGAAAUCCAAGCGGUCAAGUAUCUGGAAUGUUCUGCCUUAACGCAAAAAGGACUGAAAACGGUGUUCGACGAGGCAAUUCGUGCUGUUCUCUGUCCUGUUCUGCAGGUUAAACCUAAGCGCAAAUGUUGCCUCCUAUAAUAUUAAAUUGUUGCAUCGCCGCGUAAUUUCGCUGGAAGACGCUUGACGGCGCCCACCUUCUUGAAUCCCUUGAAAGUACUGACGCUAGUGAAUUAACGUCAAAUCGCACAAAAAAAAACAACUAUUCCCGAAGCGUUUUAUUGACAACACAAAACAAGUAACAGAAACAAAAUAAAAAAAAACAACAUACGAAAAACGGACUAACACAGACAAAAUGAAAUAAAAGGGGAGGAAAGAAGACUUCCACGCUGAUAGCUUCAGUAUUUCCAGUGGACGUGCAAAAGGGUAAAGGGUUAAAAAUGUACGCUCCUCGUCUCCGUUACUAUUGAAAGUUCGUUCUCGCGCGAGAUGAACAAUCGAUUAUAGAGAGAAAUUGUGAAAAAGAAAAGAGCGCCAAGAUAUAAAGCGAUUGUGUACAGUAUACUAGAGUAUAUUAAUAAUUAUUAUUAAUGAAUAUCUAUGAACGGUAAAAAAAAUUAUAUAUAUAUAUUAUACAUUCACGCUCUAAAAUAGACGACUAUGUAAGUUGACUGUGUAAUUUCUAGGCUAGGCUUAAGGCGCGCGAAUCGAAAGAGCGAGAGAGUGAAAUAAUAAAAAAAGAGAAGCAUGAGUAUAUAUGUGACAUUUGCUCCGCUCUGCUCUCGUCAUAUCUUUUAAACACUGCUUUGAUACAACGUCUGUGAUUCAUACGCACAAUGCGCCACACGUACGCGACGCGCGAAGACGACUCUAAAAAAAAACAAAGGAGAAAAGAGCUGAGACCCGAAACAGCACAGAGGGAGCGAAUGCGUGUACGUUUAUUUGAAAUAAGAAACAAAAAAUGGCAAAAAAAUUUUUGAAAGGUCGCGUGAAUGCGAGAACGUGCGCUCGUGAGAAUCAAAUGGUAUGAGGUAUAACGAGGAACAACUAGAAGAACGAUAAAGAUAAAAACCGAUUAAUUGUAAAUAAUUGCUGGAGUUCAAACUUGAUCCUACUUGCUAUCGGCUAUACCUUAUUAAGCUACUACUAAUCGAAUCUAAAUCGAAACGUUACUUGUUUUUUUUAUAUAUAUAUUAAAAAAGUAUAUAUGAAAACGAGACUGGACUGGAAUGUUUGAUGUAAAGUGUAGUUUACACAGGUCUCUUACGUGUAAUUUGUCACCGCUAUACGUUUUUAAACGGGCGGUGAAAUAAUACUUGUUUCAGUCCGAUUACAAAAAACCAUAGAUAUUGUAACUAAAUUUGCUUUAUUAAAUGGGUGUUUACUAAAUGAGUGAUACUGCGUCAUCUCUUGCAUGUUCAAAACAUACGUCUGUCGAAAUAAGCUGUAAGCAAAACUACCACAUUAAAUCUCCUCUUUUUAAAUUAUA